UACCUAAAUAUGGAAAUAUAGAUAUUUGUGUUAUUUCCUACGUGCCUGCUGAUAGGUCUCUGCGUCUCUCCUCUAGGUAUUUACACACCACACGGCAUCACUCGGAAUUCUACGAAUCUUAACUUCAUUCACAAUCAGCACUGGCCCAUCGAAUUAGAGAUUUUCACUUUACCAUGGCGUCAAAAGUUGUCCUUAUAACAGGUGCGAACCGUGGUUUCGGCCGAGCGCUCGUCGAGCGUUUCCUUGCUCUUCCAAACCAUACGGUCAUAGCCGCCAAUCGUAGCCCGGAGCAUCCGACGUCUCAGACGCUCGCCGAGCUGCCUAAGGGGAAGGAUAGUCGCGUUAUUGUUGUCAAGUACGACGCCGCUGUUGAGCAGGACGCUUUCGACGCCGUGAAGGAGAUUGAAGAGAAGCACGGCAUUGACCACCUCGAUAUUGUUGUUCCCAACGCCGCGAUCGCAAAGUCCUUUCCUUUCGUGAGAGAGGUGAAGCGUGCUGACAUCCGGGAACAUGUUGAGGUAAACGUUCUUAGUGUUAUCUCACUAUAUCAGGCGACACGUGACCUACUGCAGAAGUCGCUCAAAGGGCCUAUCUUUGCCCCCAUGGGGUCUUUAGGGGGCACUCUAGGACGGCAGCCUAAUAUACCAAGCGCCUCAUACGGGCCAUCCAAGGCCAUGGUGAGCUGGUACGGUAUCAGAAUUAACACUGAGGACGAGUGGCUGAACGCCUUCGUGCUGGACCCCGGCUGGGCCGGGACCGACAUGGGCACCGCAGCUGCGAAGGCUUUGGGGGCUGAGUCAGCUAUGAUCACAGUGGACGAGGCUAUGGAUGGCGUGUUUAAAGUCCUCACUACAGCCACCAAAGAAAAGUGCGGCGGCAAGUUUAUGUCGUACACCGGCGAGGCCGAGAUUUGGUGAUUACGAAAUUCGAUGUCACCCUCCGAGGCGAAGGGGGGGUAGGGUAUCGAUCAAAUAGUGUUUACAAAGCUAUCCUCGGCUCCCCUUAAACAUCGUCUAGAUGCCCCUGAGCUUGGGUCCUUUUGGCAUCGGGUCGAAGGAGGCCAUCAAUGUCAAGUGUUCGUUGCUAUUACAUAGGUAUAGGCUCUCAACUGUCUUUGACUUGGAUAUUAUUUCGUACCGUC